CACACCGCGAACUACUUGGAUUGACCUUCCCGGCUGCCGUAGAGCUGCUAACCCGGUCAGGGGUCAAAGUUCACCGAGAGGAAAACAGAGAACAGCAUGGAGUCACCGAAGAGAACAAGUUCGUCGAAAACAGGCAGGAAAGGAGGAGGGAAACCUGGUAAAGCUCAGGCCGCCGAAGAAGCAGCAAGACGGAGAGAAGCGCUGAAGGAGAGGCUGGAGCUGGACAGGAGAGCCCUGCAGGUGGUGGACAGGCUCCUGGAGGACAGGGUGUCUGAGGACUUCCUCACUGACUCUGCAAAGUUCAUCACUUCAGCUAAUUACAAAGACGCUGUGGAGGAGAGYUUCAUCUCCAAACUCUGUGGUUAUCCCAUAUGUCCAAAUAAACUCUUAAAGAUCCCCACACAGCAGUACAAAAUAUCCACUAAAACAAACAGAGUGUAUGACAUCACAGAGCGCAAGUGUUUCUGCAGUAACUUCUGCUACAAAGCCUCUAAAGAGUUUGAGCUGCAAAUCUCAAAGACGCCUCUUUGGCUCCGGCAACAUGAAAGCCCUCCUGAAAUCAGGUUGCUGAAGAAGGGAGAUGGUGGGAGAUCCGGCGAGGAGGUGAUUCUGUCAGAGAGGCCACUCAAACAGGACGACGUUGAGAACCCUCAGGCCCCUCUAUCUGAAACCCUCCAUGACUCUCUGCGGAUCUCCACAGGAGGCGACGGCAGCGACGGGGAACAGGAGCAGGACUUUGUCUCCAGUGUGGUCUCCCAACAGGACAGAUCCCACGUCRACUGGGGCGACCUUCCGAAACUCUCAGAUCACGACGAGAAAUUGGAACGAAGAACGACACGCAGCAGAGAGGGACUUGCAGUAGAAACUGAACACCAUCAAAUCCACCGCACGGAGGAAGAAAACAUACUAAGAGAUGUGAACAAAGGAAAAUACCACGUGUUAAAUACUCAUCAAGAAGAACGAGACACUCCUGAACACCAACAUGUGGACGAAACCACAGCAAAGACAAGUGAAUGCAGUUUGUCAGAGAAGGUGGUUCCUAACACAGAUACAGAAGACAAAGCUCCAGGAAGUAAACACAACCCUUGUACAGACAGCCACAGCCCAGCAGGUCUGAGCAUCACAAAGGUGGGCAUGAGCAGGAGAGGAGCAGCCGGCCUGCGACACCUGCUGAAGAAACCCCACUGUGUGAGACUCAACCUUCUGGAAGGUCUGAGGAGAACGCUGAAGGAGUGGUGCACAGAGGAAACACUCAAGUUCUUGUACGGUGACGAUCACUCACCCGCUUCCUUUGCUGAUGUGAAAGAGGAAGAGGAGGAGUUAGAUGAAGAUGAUCUAGACGAUGACGUGGCGGUGUCUGUUGGUGGAGAGCUGAAGAGGCCGUCGGCUCCAGCACCAGACUAUGAGCUGCUGCGGAGGCAGAGCCAGCAMCUGGAGCUCCGAGUCAGAGAGUUUUAUAAAGGGACGUGGGUUCUGCCUGAGGAGGAGCUGAACAGGAACCAGUCUCAGCAGCAUUGUGGGUCCACUGGGCCUCACUUUAGGUGAAAUCUCCACUGACCUGAACAAUCUGGUUCGGACCUUCAGAUUCACCAACACAAACAUCAUCCACAGAACUCCUGAGUGGACCCUGGUAGCUGUGGUCCUCCUGCAUCUGUUGUCGGAGGUGUCUCCGGUGGUGCUGGAAGCCUUGGAGACGUCAGCAUCAGUGCAGUAUUUGAAGACGCUGAUGGAGGAGCUCAGCCUGCAGGACCAAGACCUUGUCAGCUUAGUCCAGAUGUUUAAACGUCCAACAUACUCACACCAGUAGGUGUGUCGAUUGUCAUAAAAGCAGCUGUUUUUCACAAUAAAAACAAUAAAAUAAA